AAAGUUUAACAAAAAUAAAUUUAAAAAUGCUGGAAGAAAAUAACAAUGGUCAUGUCGCUAAUGGUCAUUUACCAAAUUCAAAGGUGCCUACGACCACCACAACAACAACAACAUCAGCCGAAGCUGAUAUGGCUCAGUCAACUUUGGUAACAAAGUUUAUGACUUGGAUUGAUCCAUUUGUUGAUUUCUCGUGGUUUAUCAUUUGCUCCAUUGGUUUCAUAUUUCAGGACUUGUACUAUUUAGCCUUUGGUUAUCCUGAAAAGGAGUUGAGCAGUGAUAUUGCUUUAAUAACUGGUGGAGGCAGUGGUUUGGGUAGACUAUUAUCACUACGCUUGGCUAAAAUGGGUACCAAAGUAGUAAUAUGGGAUAUAAAUAAACAAGGCAUUAAUGAGACUGUCAAAAUGGUGGAAGAAUGUGGUGGUUUUUGUAAAGGUUAUGUGGUGGAUAUUUCCAAGAAAGAAGAAGUCUAUCAAGCGGCGGAAGUUAUAAAACAUGAAGUUGGUGAUGUUUCUUUGCUGAUCAAUAAUGCUGGCGUAGUGUCGGGUCUGCAUUUGCUUGAUACCCCUGAUCAUUUAAUUGAACGUUCGUUUAAUGUAAAUGUAAUGGCACACUUUUGGACUACCAAAGCUUUUCUACCCAAAAUGAUUGAGAAUCAACGUGGUCAUAUCGCCACCAUUGCUUCAUUAGCUGGUCAUGUUGGUAUAACCAAAUUGGUUGACUAUUGUGCUAGUAAAUUUGCAGCUGUGGGCUUUGAUGAAGCAUUGCGUUUAGAACUUGAAGUCCUUGGUCAUACAAAUAUUCAGACAACCUGUGUAUGUCCAUUCUUUAUACAACAGACUGGCAUGUUUGAUGAUGUUAAUGCACGCUGGGUGCCCACUCUCAAUCCCAAUGAUGUAGCUGAUCGUGUCAUAACUGCUAUUCAGAAGAAUGAAAAAAUUGCCAUAAUUCCCGGUUACAUUAAAUUAUUACUCUCCUUCAAGUGGACCUUCCCUUGGGGUUGUAUUGCUGGUCUGCUCAGACGUCUAGUACCCGAUGCUUCACCUCACGGUUUAGCUCAGAAAUCUCUUCUCAACUUUUAUAAAAAAUCUUCAUUCUCUAAACCGUCACCUGUUCUAAUUUCACCCGCUCCCAUAAUUACAGACAUCGGCAGUAAUGUGUUUAAGGAGCCCUUAACUAAAGCGGGUUCAUUACUUAUACAACGUUCUCCUUCGCUGGGCGAACGUGUUUUAUAAAUUAAACUGUACAUAAAAUACCUAGUUUAGUGAUUUCUAAUACUUUUAUUUGUUUUUACCAUUUUUUAGUCAUUUAAGUCUAUUAGGCUAGGAACACACCUAAGAGGUUUAGUUAAAUAAGUUUUUUUUUUAUUUCUAAUUUUUACGUGCUUUUUAUUUAUUAAAUUGGCAUAUUUUUAAUUAUUUUUUAAAUAAUGUUUCUUUUCUUGUAUUUUUUAAAAUAGUUUAAUUUUAGUUAUUUUAGUUGUAGUUAGACAAAAUUUAUAAAGAAAUUGUUUUAAGAGUUUUAAAAAGGAAGUAUGCUAAGGAGACAAAGGAUUAUAAUAAAAACAUUUAUUUUCAUCUUGAAUUUAAAAAAAAAAAAAAUAUUGACUAACAAUGCCAUUUGCAUAAAUUGUGAUUAUUGUAGAAUUAUGUAUAUUAAUCACUUUCACCUCAUCUUUUAUUUUGUCUCUAUAAUUGUCUGACAUUUUGAAUAAAAUCUAAACUGUGAUCAUUUCUAUAUUUUAUCUUAUAAAUCCUAAACAUUUUUCGUGUCCUUAAACCUUCAAAUAUUUCCUUUUUAUACACUUUUCUACAUAUUUCCUUGUAUAAUUUACAAAUAAGUUUUGUUAGUGAUAUUAACAUAAAAAUAAUAACAAAUAAAAUAUAUACAAAUAAUUUUAAUGAGUUAAAAAAUCAGGGGUUUUCAUAUAUAAAAAAACUACACUUGUGUUAAUAUUAUGUUUGUAUAUUUUUUUGGGUGUAAGUUGAUAAUUUAACACAUAAUAUUAAUUAUAUAAAAAUGGGCUAAAGUAUAAAAAAAAAUCCUAAACCCCACAUACUUAUAUUCCCCUAUUCCCCUAAUCCUUAUCCCAGCAUUUAACAAAUAUCCACAUUCCCAUAACCUAAAUCCUCUUCCAAACUCCUCCACCCCUAUAGCUCCUAUAACCCUUAUUUUCCCCUUAUGUAUUGCCUAUUCCAAAUCCUAUACCCCAAAUAUCAACAUUUAAACAUUUUAAAACCACUUGAUAUAAAUAUUUACCUUACUAAUGUAUUUUAUAUAAUGUCAUGUUUAUUAAAAAAAUAUUAUACAAAAUAAAAAUUAAAAAAAUAUAUAU